CACGAUAUAUAUACGAGUAUAAUUUUAUUCUGACGUUAUUUUUGCGGAGAACGGAACGAGAGCCGGUAUAGGACGCCGCUGUCAUAAAAAAAUACCGUGACAGACUGAUAGGUGAUAUUUGUUAUUUGACUUUUUGAAGUUUGUGUCUUGUGAGUUCGAGUUGCGACUUGCGAUUAUCGGUAUCAUGUUGAUGUUUAUCUUUUAUUAUUUCGAAUAAAAACAAUAGAAAUAAAGAAACAUUCGUUAGUAAAAAUGGAAACAACAAAACAUAUAUUUACUUAUAACGAGAAAAAAUGUUUACGUGAUAUUGUAAAGAAAUACUAUGCUAUUGUAGAAAAUAAGGAUAUUCACACCGAAGCCGUAAGGCAAAAGAAUGCAACUUGGCAACAAAUUGGUGAAGAAUACAACGCUUGUCCACAUGUCUCAUUUCAUGCAACACCAAAACAGUUAAGACGAUUAUGGCUGAAUUUGAAACAAAGGAGCAAAGCCAAACCACAAACAUUAAUUUUAAAAAAAGAACCUGAACUGAAUGGUACACAGAAUGAGGAUCCAUUGAGGGUUGAGUUACUACAAAAGGGUAUAAAUGAGUUACAAACUUUUAACUAUAGGGAUCAACAGGAAGAAUGUAGAAAAAGUGAAAAGCACGAAAUAGAAAUGCACAUUUUAAAGGAACGGUUGAGAGAGGCUAAGGCAAAGGCAGAUUUAGCUGAGCUAAUAUACAACCAGCAAUUUAAUACUGGAGCUGUUACAGCUGAAAUAGAGCAAACAAACUACAAAUAAAGCUAUGCCUGUGACUAACAGAUAUUGACCUGUUAUACUUUUAAACUCACUGAGCAAAAGCUGUGUCACAAAACUGAACAAAUGUGUCCCCGAAAUAAUGAACUGCUUUGGGAUGAUUAAUUUUUUCAACUGGUUUCGAGUUUGAUGGAAGGCACAAAAUAGUAAUUACCUACUUGUAUGUGAAGGAAGGAAAUUAUUAAACUAUACUGGAAAUACAGUAUAAGAAAAGAUUAAGGGAAGUCUCUCUUUUAUUAGUCGCUAGGAAGGGAAUCCUAUUUAUAGAACUUCAAAAUUAUGAAUUUAUAUGUUUUGAAAAUUAAACUAUAUGCAUAAUAUAAUCACUCAAGUUUAAUUUGACAACUUCAGGAUUACUUUGAUUUCUAUAUUUCUACAAUGAAUAUUUUAGAAAUAAAUAAGUAUUUCUUACAAAAAUAUGAUAUAAUUAAGAAAUCAUAAUUCUUUUAAGUAUGAAGAUUCUAUAGAAAGUGAAUAUUUUUUUUGAACCCGAGAGUAAGGAAUGCUCGAUCAUGACAUUGAAUAUGAACUAAAUAUUAUUAAAUGAUGCCAUAUAGCCAGGUGGUUACCAUGAAAGUAUUAUUUUAAUUAAUUUCAUCAUAUACUUUUUGUUUAUGUUACUUGAGACGUAACAAUUAUACGAAACUAGUUUAAUAGAAAAAUUAAGUUAAACACAGAAAAAUAAUUUAGUUUUAUUUUUAUCUUUUAUACUGU